CAUGUCGUCAGGGGAGAUCGAUAUAUCGUCUGCUAUUGCAGCCGUAAUUAGAUUUGGUGAUUUGGAAGAGAUUAGACUUAAAGUUUAAAUGUAUUUAAAGUACAAAAAGCAAAGUAGCUUAUUUAAAACACUCAGUACCGAAGUGGAUGGAUAAAUAAAUAGAAGUUUAAAUAUAUUCGUUUAAUUAAUUUAUUUUAUAAUAGACAAAAUAUAACCAUGUCUAUGGACUUUAGAAAAACAACGUAUCGUCCAACGCGGACAGACAAUCGUUUCAGAACAAGUUACUCACUUAUGUCACAAUGGAUGAACAGAAAAGGUUCCGGACAAGCUUACAGAAAAGAACCACUUCCACAAACAUUUGCCAUAGCAAUGCAAGGAAACGCAGCAUUUCCAAGACAACCAGCGUUAUCAGCAGGGUCAAGGUCAAUGGAGGAUCUAAGAGGUCAUGGAGAGCAAUAUGGGCCAGAUCCAAUGUUAUAUAAUGUGACAGCCCCACAGGCAUGUAUUGAUGAAACUGUUCCUGUACAUUUGAGAUAUAACGAUACCGCCGGGUAUGAUGAUUUCCACAAAUCGUUCAACCAAGUCAGCAAACAGUGGCCGUCAGCUAGCUAUCCGGACUUUGGUCCAGCCAGAUUACGUCAUGGUCGUGCAGGAGGAAGUUGGAGACACGUGAAAGAAGUCUUGCAGGCUGGCGGCGCUAGAAUUGUGUUUGUUGAUGGGGUUAUAAGAUGGGCUGAUGGAGUGAAAAUGGAUGAAAUUCCUGGAGGAAACUUAAUACAACCUAAAGUUGGUCAGAUAAAAUCACGUUACAUCACUCCAACACAACAGGCAAGACCAAGUGGCCCAGGUAAAUCUGAAGCAUUAGCUAUGAACGAGUUUCACCGAGAACGUCCAACUGUUUGGCGGAGUAAAUCCGAUAUGCCCGACUUUGUGUCUUGGGGCAAGGUAUAAGGAAAUGUCGCUUCCGCAUGUCGUAAGUGGGCUUUAAGUCAGAAGUAUGGAACAGAGAGAAAUAACUGGUUAAUUAUGAGAUAAUUAUGAGAUAAUCUUGAGAUAAUUUAAGAUGUUUAUGAACAUUUUCCUAUGUUUAACAUUAAACACAAUCCUCGGUAAUGGAAUUACGUCAAGAAAUGUUUUGUUUUGUUAGAGUGGAUAUAUUUUAUAUAACAUUAAAUUUGUGAUAUGUUGUGGUAUGCUAGAAACAAUCUUAUUUAUUGUGAUAUACUCAUUUUAUAAAACACAGUAUUACCGUCACAUUAUGGACACUAAAAUAUAGUUUAGUCAAGACUACAGUCAUAGAAAACAAUAUACUAGUAGAUUUUCAUAGUAUUCUGUUUCUUUAUUUUGCUCAACUGUAUUUGUUAAAUCUGUUUAAAAGUUCAAAAUGUUGAAAGAAAAAAUAUUUGUAAAAAAAAGUUGUUCUGUUG